CCUUUUCCGGGAAAUGAACGGGCAUAACAAUAUGCUGCUGAUGGUUUUCGCGAGAAACUAAACGCGCAGGCGUGUUGCGGGGUGGGUGGAUGGAUUUGGGGUCCUCGCGUGAACAGGGCGGCGUUUCUAUGGUGAGGAGGUCUUUAAUACGCCACAUGGACCCAGACACAUCGCACCCUCUGCGUCUGCUUUUAUCGCGUUUUUCGGAUGAUACAUUGCAACAGCCAGCUACAUCUCUCACGUAUCGGUCGUAGUCGUGUUUUUAGUAAAUCUAAGGCCUCUCGGCGCUUAUCAAGGGUCGCUUUGAAGCUUUCAUGCAAUGAUCAGCUCUGGCAAGGAAUAUUCUGGACGCUUGUCUUAGCUGAAGAAUCGGUUUCCACUCAAGACGUUACAUUUGGAAAUGCGUCUUCCUCCUUGAAUAGCUACAACUUGACCAUCUGUGUAAAAUACAUUGUAUCAUAUAGGCUCUAGAUCUCUCCCACAGGUGUCUUUUACAUAAAGGAUGUGGCUCUGAUUAAACAGCUGAGGCUGUCCACCUCCUCGAUCAUUUCAUCAUUCGUUCACCCAAGACAGAUUUGACGUUAAUGUUUCGCCAGGAGGUCGGUGUCCUGUCUUUUAUUCCGUCUUGUUCGUACCUUUUCCAAUACGAGCAGAGGAACAUGUCUCGGUAUAAUAUCUACAGUCUGCUGGACUGGAUGUAUGGAGGGGUGGACCCUAUGUUUGAGGGCAACGGAGGCCCCGAGUGCGCAGCCUUCCUCUCUCCCCGACAGAGAAUAUUUGAGACUCUGAUCAUUGUGUUCUUUUCUAUCCUGGAAGUGGUGGUGGCUUUUAAAAAGAUCAAUGUCCCUAAAGAGGUCCGAGAUGUGGGGAAAGAUGGCAGGAGGAGUAAAGAAGACACCUGGGGCAAGAACCUGUUGCUUGUGGCUCUGUGCAUGACUUUUGGAGUUGAGGUUGGGUUUAAGUUUGCCACAAAGACUGUCAUCUACCUCCUCAAUCCAUGUCAUGUAGUCACAAUGGUGCAAAUCUUCCUGCUUGCAUGCCCCCCUUGUAAAACUGCUAUGGUUAUCUUUAGGCUUCAGGUCCAUAUGCUGAACGGAGCCCUUCUAGCUCUUCUCUUCCCAGUAGUCAACACUCGACUGCUUCCGUUUGAGAAGGAGAUCUAUUAUAUUCAGCACUCCAUGCUGUAUCUUGUGCCAGUCUACCUCUUCAGAAAAGGAGGUGUGUAUAAGCCAGAGCCGCUCGGAGACAUGUGGUGGGCACUGCUGUCCUCGGGCAUCCUCUUCCUCUACCACUUUGUGUUCCUCCAGGGCCUUGGAAUGUUGACAGAAGUGAAUCUGAAUAACAUGCUGUGUCCUGCUGUCUCGGACCCCUUCUAUGGACCAUGGUACCGAGUGUGGGCGACGGGGCACCAGACUGCCCUGACGUUAGUGCACGGCAAGGCUCUGACCAUCCUCUCGCAGCACACCGCUCCCAUGUGCCGCUAUUUACUGGAUAUAGCAUGUCUACGCAACAAAAAGUUGGACUAGUGUUUUUAUCAGCAGUCUUACAUGGACAAAACCUCAACUGGAACUUGUCCAGCAUCCCUAGACAAAAGUGUAGUACAUAGAAAUAUACAACUUUUGUUCUUCUGUUUGUUUGGUCCAAAGCUGGAUCGUUAGAUUGAAAGACUGUUUUAACACCAUAGGAGCAGGACUCGAGCAACAUUAACCUUGCCUUGUUUUUUUAGCUUUAGUGUUUGGCAAAAUGAACACUCACUGAACUCAGAACACGUGUAACCUUUCUUCUCAAGUUGCCUUCUUUAGUUACACUCAACAGGGGGCCAACCCAGUUCCUUUUACUCGUUUGCCGAAUAGCUGAUGUGUGGUUAUAAACGCUGCAUGUCCUUGCUCGAGACUGUCACAAUAUGACAUUUUGUUAAUAUUGUAGAUCUGUUGUGGAAAGUGUAAAUGUAGUGGUACUGUAUGUCUAAGAGUGUUUCCAGCCCAUGGCAGUCUCUUUCUUUUGUCUGUAAAUAGAACUAGUUUUAGCUUAAGCUAUUAGCUGUGGUCACAUCCGCAAAAUAUUUUCUGUUGGCUUAAAGUGUCCGUUUGAUUCCAUUUGCUAUUUGAUCAAGUACACACACCCUCUACUGAUGAUAUGAUUGAAGGGAAUGGACAGCGUUCUAAUAUAGCAAUUUGAACAUUCUUUGUAGAAUGACCAUUUUAAAUAUUAUUUUUCUGUUUUUAUUUGUUCAACUGAGAUACUCUUUAGAUGUUUCUUAUUGGGGGAAGUUAAAACGGUUCUUUUCCCUUCAUUUUUUUUUUUUUUUAACAAUCUCAGUAAUAAGCUAAACACAAUUAUCUAGAAAUGGGUGAAUAACCACACACACAAACAAUUCCAAUAUGUAGUCAAAUGAAGGAAAAAUAAGUUCUGUUAGCAGCUACAUGAAGGCUGCAUCUCUUGUUCAGUCCCAGAAACUGCUCUGUUUCUUCAAGCCUAGUCAGUUGUUUGCAUGUCAAGCCCAGAAACUAAGAUUUGCUGAAUCAUUUUGUGGCUGUUGCAGUCGUGUAAGAAAUGCCAGUUUGAGCAUUCUAAUGAAUUAUGGGAUCACUCUCAUUUCAAUGUAACUUGACUGAACGGGAAACCUGUCUGUCUUGGUGUCAUUUUUGUAUAUAUGUUUUUAUGGUCUAUAUUAAAAGUCUUCUCCAACAUGUAA